AAAAUCUAAGCUUCCAGCCUUGACUUCAAAGUAUUGGAAGGUGUUUGCUCCCUGCCUCUCCUCUCAGCUUGGUACCAUGGCCGACACGAUUUUUGGCAGCGGGACGGGCCAGUGGGUGUGCCCCAACGACAGGCAGCUGGCACUGCGUGCCAAGCUCCAGACAGGCUGGUCAGUGCACACGUUCCAGACUGAGAAGCAGAGGAAGAUGCAGGCUCUGAGCCCACAAGAACUUGAGGUCAUUCUGGAAGUCAUCCACAAGGCAGAGAAAUUGGAGAUCACUGAGCAGCAGCGCAUUGGGCGCCUGGUGGAGCGGCUGGAGAACAUGAGGAAGAACGUGAUGGGCAAUGGCCUCUCCCAGUGCCUGCUCUGUGGGGAGCUGCUCGGGCUGCUGGGCAGCACAUCAGUCUUCUGUCAGGAUUGCAAAAAGAAAGUUUGCACCAAGUGUGGAAUAGAAACCUUUGGAGCCCAGAAACGUCCCCUUUGGUUGUGCAAGAUCUGCAGUGAACAGAGAGAGGUUUGGAAGAGGUCUGGUGCAUGGUUCUACAAAGGGCUGCCCAAAUACAUCCCACCUUUGAAGAGCAGCAGCAAAGCCAGUGAGCUGCCCCCACAGCCCUGGCAGAGCGAGACAGCUCUACUGGAGCCUGAGGACAGCAGGACCAGCAGAUCCUUCACCUGGGCCAGGGGAAAAGUGGUUUCUAGCGACAGUGAGAGCGACUCCGAGUUCAGCUCCUCCAGCCUGGAUGACAAACCCUUCCCUGCGGGCUCAAAAGGCUCACAAGGCAGCAAGCACAGAGCAGGACUGGCACCCAUCAGGGAACCCAGCCAGGCCGUGGGCAGGGGACUGGGGAGCACCCACUCUCCUGCCCUUUCAGGGAGCAGCUUGGGCAGGGAGCAGGGGGAUGCCCUGAGGACCACCGAGAGGGACCGGUCGGCCGACGGGUGUGACAGUGAUGUUGGCACCAGAGCCUCUGGCAAACGGUGCAUCCACACCAGAACACGAUGCUGAUGGAGGUGAAGAUGGAAUUGCAUUGCCUGGAUCCAACACUCACCCUUUGCCCACUCCUGUAGGACCUCACUCCAGACAACAACUGCUGCCAGUGGUGACUUUCUGAUGCCAACUUUAUACAGGCAUUAGCAACACAGUGGCACCUAAGAAAAAACAUCUGCUCGUCCUCCCUGCCUCACUGGUUUGGUCUGGUUUCCCCUUCUGCUGACUGACACACACUUUGGGGUGCUGCUUGGAGAGGGGUACAGUGCUGUCUAUUGGGUUUGUGGAAAGGCACAUCCAAAGUUCUCAUUGGAGCUGCAGAAACGUGUGCUGCUCAUUGCUGUUCUGUCUUGCCAAGCCCAGCCCAGGGUUCAGCUCCUGGCCUGGCAGUCCUGACUUUGCAAUCUUCAGGAGAGAGGGAAAUUCACCCCUAUGUCCCUGAAAUGGGCUCUGAGGAGACCACAGCCCUUCUACUCUUUGUCUGCCCAGGGGUGAAUUUCCCUCUGUGAACCUCAUGGGUGAGCCCAGGGCUCCAGUUUGCACUUGGCUUCCACAUGCCCAGGGAGUCACCCCUUGUGUGUUUUGACAUCACUGAGUUGGGGUGAGUUUGGUGGGAGCAUCCUGAUCAGCAAGUUGUGCUCCUUUUUCCCUCCACUGAGGUCUCUCUCUGCUCAGGGAGAUGCUUCACUUGGUAUGGAAACACUCAAGGAAGUUUGCUAUGAAUUUUUCAGUCCUCCUGGCUGUGUUUCCUGUGGUGAGGGUGAUGCUUUGACACUGGGCUCAUGGGCAGGGUGGGUUUCCUGCAGGUCCAUACCCAUCAGCCCAUGGCCCAGCUGGCUGCCUGUGCAUACCCAAAUUGGAUAAAAGCUUUUAAACUACUUAAUCUUGUUAAGCUCUGCAUAUUCUCCUCCCACAUGUACGUCUUGUAAGCUCUUGCAUCAGCAAGGGCUUUUGUUUUACCUUUUUCCUGCAAGUCUUCAGCAUCUGGCUGGCUGGGAUGGUGUCAUCAUGAGUCAGGCUGUAGAAAACUGCACGUCCCAGUCCUGCUGAUUCUCUGGGAUGGACAAUUUCCCUCUAAGCUCUGACAGAUGAGAAAAAUCAAAUUACCUGACAUUUCUAGAGCAAUUAAUUCUUUGAAGGCCUGAACAAAACUCACACAAGACAAGAAGGAGUCUGUGGGUUUUUAGUAAAUGCUUUAGAUCUGACCUGUCUUUUUUGCUGAAGAAAUAAAAGAUUCCAGAAAGUUCCCUCUGAAAUAGUGCAUUUAAAGGCAAUUUGUGCCUGUUAAUGUCAGCCUCUCCCCUUGGUUAUUACUCUUUUGUUCUCUUCUCCUUUGCUACUGGGUGCUUUGUGCACAUGUAGUAUAUGCUCUUACAAAUGGCUGCAGUAUGAAGAUAAAUGAGACUGGGUGCUGGAACAUUGUAACAGGAGAUCAGAAAUCAAUCCUUGACUUUUCUUGCUAAUUGAACAUGGUCCAGCAGAGAACCUUCCUGCUGUUCCAGCUCACCUGCUAUGGCAGGUUGCUGAGAAAAUCCUCCCAGCUCUUCCUCCAUGAUCCCUUUCUGCCUUUUAAAAAACAAACCCAGAACCUUUGGGUGAUGUGGGCUGUUUGAGGUGGCAGAAAGAGAAACCCCUGCCUGUGGGCUUCACAACGUGGGUGCUGAAGAGAACAAGGGAUGAGAUUGUUCUCCACAGAGGGAUGCUCUGUGUUGCUUAAACCUGGCUGUUGAGACUCAACCAGCUGCAUCUCUGAGGGCAUAAUGCCAAAAUUAUAUUCAGAAAAAGCAAAUCCAAAAGUCAGCCUUGGGUGGAUUGCAAGCUGAAGUUUUGUUGCUUUUUCUGAGAGCUGUAGGGUCUUCCAUUUCAUAAGUGUUUUGUCACCAGGGAGGACCUCUCUUGCCCUGGAGCUUUUGGCAGUCCUGCAGAUGCUCUCUUGCUCUCCCUCUCAUUCCUGCAGUGCCUCACACAGCCUCUGGUAAUGCUUUUGAAGAAGGAAAAGGACACUUAAAAAUGGUCUCAGCUUCCUUUAAACCUGUUAGUUUAUCAUCAAAAUCUUGGAAAGAGUUUCUUGUGCUUCAUUUCUGGGGGGUCUAGAGAGGUCACUGGUGUUUUCACCCCACACCCUCACUCCUCAGGGCCAUUUCCCACACCGUGGAGUUGCCAGAUCUGCACAGGAACUUGGUGACCCUUGCUGGCUUGGAGUGCUGCUUUGAGGCAUGAUUUUGAUUUUAACUGAGGCCAGGAUUUAUGAAACACUUUCUGAGGUAAAUCUGAGACUGAUCUUUUACCAGUAAGACUGGAAACAUUUCUUUUUUUUACCUCUAUAUUUUACCUCCAUGGAGUAAUUCCACCUGAGUGGUUCUGGUUCCACCCAGAACCAUGCAGCCAUCUAUGGGAAGAUUUCUCCUGGGUACAGGGAAGGGUCUAACCCUGGAGAAUGUCAUCUCCCACCUAUGAAAGUGACAGAGGAACAUCUACAGCUCUCUGCACAUAUUUUCUGUAAAAACCACUUUUCUCUUUGUUAUGUCUUUCUUGGUUGUGUUUGUAGCUGCAGUUGGCAUCUGAUCUGAAACCUGUACCAGCCAACUGCCUUUUUCAUUGGCUUAAGGUGAGCAAGAAAAGCUCAGUGAAUCCAGCUCCAUCUGCUCUGGUUGUUUGUGUUUCUUUUAUUAUUUUGUUGUUCUUGUCUCCAUCCCGUGCAACUUUUAUGUAGUGUUUUACUAUGGAAAACAAUAAAGG